AUGGCUCAAUCCGCCAUGGGCAGACUUUUCCGCUGGUCUAGCACCACGCGCCACCCGAUGGUCACCUUUUCUCAGGCCCGCAAUCAAUCGACUCUAGUUGCCCCUCGCUUUUCCCAAACCGAAUCUACCCAAUUGAACGAUGCCCUUGACCAUUGGCGACAAUCACGCUUCCUGAUCUACGCUCUUCCGCAGCGACAGAGACAGAGUCUCUUCAAGGAGUCACAUCAUGAGCGACUUACAGUUGAGCCUAUCACUGUGAGCAUCAGCGAAAAUGAGCAAUUCACACUCAAACCUAUGGCGUUCAACCAAAUGCCAUCAAAAUCGGAAUUCCCAGAAGUCUUGGAGUUAAUGGAAAAGGCCAACGACUACUCAAACCUUAUCCCUUUCCUGAUCGCUCUCCGCAAGUCCGGUAUCAAAGUACAGCCCAGCCGAUGGCAGUACAUUAUCCGCAAGGCUGCCGAGGCCGGAAAACUCUCCGCCAUCCUCGAAUGUGCCAAGCAGCGCCAGCACUCUGGCUUCCCCAUGCACGAUCUUCCCACCGUGCGAGUUCUCUUCGAAAAAAUCAACGCACUGGCAUUUUCAGAAAACUCCAAGCAUAAAGAUAUCCUUGCUGCCGAGAAGUUGGCGAAGAUGGCGGUCGAUAUCAUGGAUUGUUACCCCCCGAACGAACAGCCCAAGCCAGCCGAGAACCCGAGGAACCAACCAUUUGUGAUCAGUACUUUGUUGCAUCUCAGUGCCUCUCGUACAUCCCAGCUAAAGGCUGAUAACAAGGCUGGCCUUAAAAGACAGUCAGCAGAGACCUUGGGCUAUCUGCAGAAAUAUCUUGCAGCCUUGCCUCUAGUCAACCUCUCACCUACUUUCAGCACAGAGACUGAACGAGACCAAUGGCUGCAUGAAACGAGCGCAGCCCGAACUGCAUUGAGCCUUAGUCUUUCGGCUAUCAGCGGACUGCCCACGCAAUUGAGCUCUAAGGCUGAGGCUCAUGUUAAGGAGUUGAAAGCAAUUGCUUCUCAAUUGAAAUCAAAGAAAAGGGCCAAGGUGGCCCCUCAGCCCACAGAGUCUUGA